ACCCGGCCCUCCAGAGGCAUGAAUCAGACGACACCCACGUCACACACCGCUGUGCCGGGAGACGACUCGUCCACCCUGGUCCCAGGAGCGUCGUCUGUCGUCGUCCAGAAACUGAUGUCAGACGAGACCUACGUCUGGACCAGCCUCGUCUUCAGUGUCGUCUGCACCGUCCUCUCCCUUCUGGGCAUCGUCGGCAACGCCCGGGCCAUCCGCGCCUUCCUGUCCAUGGGCCUGCGGGACGGCGUGACCAUCUCCUUCCUGUUCCUCACCUGCUCAGACCUCGCCUACCUGACCGCCCUCGCCGUGCACGCCGUCUCCCUGGGGUUCGCUAUGGCCGAGCGCUGGACCAACUACCGGACCUGGUUCUCGGUUGAACCCUUCGGCGUCUACGUCUUCUUCUCCAACGUCGGCAUCCUCAUCUACCUGCUGACAGUGCUGACCACCACCUACCUGGCCCUGGCCAAAUGCAUGUGCGUGGCCAUGCCCUUACACUUUAAGAACACGUUCACGAGGAAACGUACUCUGGUCAUCUUGACCGUGUUCCUGGUGCUGACCGUGGGGAGUUACCUGCCCGUGCUGGUGUACAUGAGGAUGGUGGAUAAGUUCGACCCGAGGACCAACUCCACUAGGUCUGUCUUGUGGAUCUCCAGCAAGCGAGAUGACGUCAGAGACUACGUCUGGCUCGUCCGUGACGUCACCGUCACCUUCGUCACGCAGAUCAUCGUCACGUUCUGCGUCAUCAUCAUGGUCCGGUGCCUGCGAGUGGCUUCCAACUUCCGGCAGAAGUUUAUAGGUCACCGCGUCUGCUUAGCGCGGAAGGUCAUCGCGACCGAUGUAUCCUCGUACAACAAAAACUCCACCAACAGUGACGUCAACACGACCUACAUUCAAACCGUGUCACAGCGCAUCCGGUUGCCGCCCCUUGCAAGCCCGCCAAGCGUCAAACUGUCGUCUGCUGACGUCAGCGUGAUCCAGCAGGUCGUGCUGAUAUCUUUUGUCUACAUCGGCUGCAACACGCCCAAGUUGCUGGUCGACCUGACCGCCAUGUUGGUGCCAGACUUCACCCUGGGCAGGCCCUACCAGAACGUCUACCUGACCGCCAUCAGUAUGAUGGAGCUCUGCCAGGGCUUCAACUCAAGCAUCAGCUUCGUCAUCUACCACAGGUACAACACCAGCUUCAGACAGCACUGCGGCUGGGGCAGAAAGUAAAUACCACAGGUACAACACCAGCUUCGUCAUCUACCACAGGUACAACACCAGCUUCGUCAUCUACCACAGCUACAACACCAGCUUCAGACAGCACUGCGGCUGGGGCAGAAAGUAAAUACCACAGGUACAACACCAGCUUCGUCAUCUACCACAGGUACAACACCAGCUUCAGACAGCACUGCGGCUGGGGCAGAAAGUAAAUACCACAGCUACAACACCAGCUUCGUCAUCUACCACAGGUACAACACCAGCUUCGUCAUCUACCACAGGUACAACACCAGCUUCAGACAGCACUGCGGCUGGGGCAGAAAGUAGACUAUAAUCUGGGGUAACGACCUUUAAACACUAACUUAAUCCAAGUUAACCUUUUUAACUCUUACAAGAGUAGGUUAAGACCGUUAAAAUCUAACUUAGUUUACAGACGUUAAAGUCGGACUUAUCUAGGAUCAUCGGUUGUUAAACCCUGACGUUUCUAGGAUUAACGGUACGAAAACCCAAACAAGGAUUAGUGGAAUGUCUCCAUGUGUGAAAGUACCAAGUCCAUGUUUCAACGCGUCAUUAGAUGACGUCUCACA